AUGAAUGAUAAGGAAUUCAAAGAGCUUGUCCAAAGCGUGUCAAAAGAGACAGGAGUAUUUGGGAUAAUGGACCAACCUUUUGUGAUAGAGGAGGCAUCAUAUGAGGAAGACAAAAGGCCCUUCAUUGUAGAUCUAACUCCAUCCGAAAGUGCGGCCUUAGAACCUGUGGUAAUUGAAUUCCCAGAACAAGUGCUAGUUUUAAGUCUACGACAAGUGCCGUGGAAUUAUAGUGAGCCCGUUUUACAAAUCGGAGGCAAACCAGUUUUGAAGGAAGAAGCGUCUGUUGUUACGAGGGAUGCGUUACUUGAAGUUUUGACUAGGGCCCAGAUUCCCAAGGAUAUUUCGGUUGGCAAUUUCUCACACAUAGUCGGAAAUGUACUGACUUCCAAGCAAAUCACUUUUUCUGAUGAAGAGUUGCCUGCGGAAGAAACUGGUCAUAACAAAGCCUUAUAUGUAGCUGUGAGGUGCAAUGGGAAAAGGUUGCCUAAAGUACUGAUCGAUAAUGGGUCUGACCUCAAUAUUUGCCCCUGGAGCACUUUGGUGAAGCUAGGGUUGCAAGAUGUUAAAUUAAAACCCUCAGAGAUCGUAGUUCGAGGAUUCGAUGGAGCCCAAAGGGAGUCCAUAGGAGAAGUAAAUUUGGUGGUCGAAAUGGGACCCGCUCAAUUUCAGAUAGCCUGUCAAGUUAUGCAUUUUCCUAGUGUCUAUAAUGUUUUGCUCGGGCGACCAUGGAUUCAUAGCUCGGGCGCCGUGCCCUCUUCCUUGCAUCAAGUAUUGAAAUUCGUGGUGAACGACCAGCUGAUAACCAUUUUUGCUGAAGAAGAUUGCAUUGUAAUUGCCGAUUCCGAGCCUGAGGAGGAUGGUAACCGAAAUGCUUCAGUGUCUUCUUAUCGUACAGCCGACAUUGUCUCCGUGAGUUGGAUAACAAGUGAGACUUCAAAAGAUGAAAUAGUUUUGCCAGCGGCCAGUGUUAUGAUGGCCAAGGAAAUGAUUCGUGGAAGAUAUGAAUUUGAUAGGGGAUUCGGACGCAAUCUGCAAGGCAUGCUGAACCCCGUGGAACUCAUCGAAAAGAAUGACCAAUUUGGUUUGGGAUUCCAUCCGACUGCCAGAGAUAUAAAAGAGAUGAAAGCAUGCAAGAGGGCAGAAAGGGAAGGCAAGUUAGGUGCUCUAGACAUUCCACCAUUGCGCUAUACUUUUCCAAGGCCAGCUGAAGUCAUUACGUCUGAGUUUAGCCCAAUUGAUGAAGUGGAAACAAACCUGACUCAUUUGUUUGUAGGAGCAAUAUCCGAAAAUGGUCCGACAGAUGAUGCCGAAUUCCCAGAUAUUCCCAAAGGAGCCAUCCACAACUGGACCGCCGAGUACUUUCCCGUGCGAAAAGAGUUUUGUUGGACUUUUGUCUUGUUUCACUUUGAUUUGGAGGUUUAUGAAAAUGCACAAGUAGUUUUUGUCACGAUUGUUUUUUGGCUCUCGAAUCCAGUCCCUGUUCCAAAGAAAAAUGGAAAAGUGCGAGUCUGUGUUGAUUAUAGGGACCUUAAUAAGGCCAGCCUUAAAGAUGACUUUCCUUUGCCAAAUAUCCACAUCAUUCUGGAUAACACUGCCGGACAUGAAAUUGAAUCUUUUUGUGAUUGUUUCGCUGGAUAUCAUCAGAUCUUAAUGGCUGAAGAAGAUAGGGAAAAAACUACUUUUAUCACCCCUUGGGGAACUUUUUGCUAUCGAGUCAUGCCAUUUGGUUUGAAGAAUGCCGGAGCUACUUAUCAAAGGACUAUGACUACAUUGUUUCAUGAUAUGAUCCACCAGGAGAUGGAGGUUUACGUGGAUGACAUUAUAAUCAAGUCCAGGAAAACAAAAGACCAUUUGAUUGAUUUAAGAAAGUUGUUCGAAAGGUUGCGGAAGUACAAUUUGAAGCUAAAUCCUGCGAAAUGCGCCUUUGGAGCACCAGCUAGAAAAUUGUUGGGAUUCAUUGUCAGUAAAAAGGGCAUAGAGAUAGACCCGGCAAAGAUCAAAGCAAUUCGAGACAUGCCAGUGCCAAAAAUGCAGAAAGAUGUGAAAAGUUUCUUGGGGAGGAUUAACUUCAUUGGAAGAUUCAUUGCCCAAUUAAUCGCUACGUGCGAGCCACUAUUCAAGUUGUUAAAAAAGAAUGUGCCAUUGCAUUGGAAUGAAGAGUGCCAACAUGCUUUUGACAAAAUUAAAGAUUAUUUGCUGCACCCUCCGAUCCUAGUGCCACCCAAACCAGGCCGGCCUCUGAUCAUGUAUUUAUCUGUACUCGACGGUGCAGUGGGUUGUGUUCUGGGACAACACGAUGAUUUCGGAAGGAAAGAACAAGCCAUCUACUAUCUUAGCAAGAAAUUCAUCCAGUAUGAGACUCAUUAUUCAUUUAUUGAGAAAAGCUGCUGUGCAUUGGCCUGGGCAGCUCAAAAGUUGAGACACUACCUGCUAAGUCACACCACCUAUCUCAUCCCGCUCUGA